AUGGCUGCCACGGCCAUUACAAGAGCUAUUCUAAUGGGCAAUAACCGACUGGUGUUGGAGUGUCUGAAGCAGGGAGAGAAUCCCCACCUGACGUGUAGGAAAACGGGUAGAUCUUAUUUCCACGUUGUAGCUAGCACGGCCACUGCUGAUAAGGAGCUGCAAUGGGUUCCUGUGGUGUACCAGUUAUCCAACGCCGGAGUUGAUGUGGAUACCAAAGACAGAGAAGGUCAAACAGCAGUUAGAAUUGCCAUCAAAAGGCGGUUGGUCCAGAUCCUAGCAGCUUUGCUGAAAUGUGGUGCUGAAUUCAGUGCUGCUGACGAAUACUAUGCUGAUCAAGCUGCUGGAGUGGUCAAGUCUGAGAUGAUGAAUGUUAUCAGAAGGUUAACCCCUGGGUACUGGGCGGCUAUAGAUAACUUCACACACUCAAAGGUCAACCGUCUCAUCAAAGCCUGGUCACGUGUUAACAUAUCCAGAAAUGGCCAAACCCUCAUCGAAUAUGCCAAACAUAACGCCGGAGACACGUCUGUAGUCAAGUCACUGGUACACAACGAAGCCUCCAUUGAGCUGGCUCAUGCGGUCAUGGCCGGGGACGCCGAGAGAGUCAGGGUCAUACUUUGUGACAGCGCGGCCGAUCUGGCAACAACAGACACGUCAGUGAAAAACAGCUUCGUCCCCUUAACGCUUUUCGAGGCCGCCAUUCUGUAUCGCCACGACAAUAUACUAUCAGUAUUAAAAGAAAUAUCCAGAGCGAAAUCAUCUACUUUUGUAAAGCCAGAUACAAAUACGGACUUUUUCAAAUCGUCCAGCGGAGACUGUGGAUCUAGUUCUUCUCAGUAUUUCCGGAAGAAAUCCGAAUCAGGAUCCAUGGGUAAUCUCAGCAACGUCAUUUACUACGGGAGUAAUAAUUCCGUUGGAGGUUCGGACUCUGUGACGUCAGCAAUGUGUGCCAUAUUUUGA